AUCAUUGUUUUGCCCACCUUUUAGCUAUUAGCUAUCAACAAGUUUGUUUACAUGUUUUGAGCGUCGAAUGCAAAAAAAUCGCGUUGUUUAUGGAGAAAUGGAUGCCACGUGUAGUUACUGCCAGAAUGCCAUUGAGGAUGACAACUAUCUGGAGUGCAAGAAAUGCGAGCAACCUGUGCACAUAAAAUGCUUGCCACAUGCGAGUACACCAGGUGACUUGCUUGGUGAUGUCUUCUUCGAUUUCACGUGCAUCCAAUGCGUGCGCAUGGAAUACACAGGUGGCAAAGAGGCGCCCAAGGAACGCUUUGUGCGUCAACGCAUCCCUUGGGUGCUGGUAUUGACGCUAACUCUCUACAAUUUGUCCAUCAAGUCAAAAGGUUUGAGCCAUCACGGGUUCUUUCAUUGGCGAACGCACAUUAUUAGUUUUGUGGACAAAAACUGGAACUACAUAUUUGAACCACGUGUUCGCCGUCGCAAGCAAUGGACUGGCUCCGUCUCUGGGGCACUUUCGCACAACAGUCCACAAUACUUUCUAUCGGGCAUAAAUGUUUGCAUGGAGCACGGCUGGUGGAAACUAGCCACUCCCAAUCUAACUCCACGCAGAGCUCGAGCUGAGUUUGAGCAGCGAACAAGGGAGCGUCAACAGUUGCGCACAGAUCGCCGCCUGCCGCCGAUGGAUGAAAACAGUUGUGGCAGCGAUUUGUCUGUGACGGAUCAUCAUAGCGAUGGCCAAACAACAAGCCUGACGCCUGAGUCAUCGGCUGAGCGAUUGCAGCCCCCCAGCGAGGGUUGUGCGCGAGCCAUUCCCUACAUGGGUCGUCUGCCCAAGUUUCAGACCACAGCAGCACCUGAAGUGAAAGUGGAGACACCGAUGCAACAGACGCCGCAAGAUAUUGCAGAGGAAUUGUCACCAAAUCAACAACUUAGCAGCGUGCAAGCGAGUCUCAUGGAUUUCCUGGCCGAAAGUUUGGGUGGGGAUGAUAUGAGUUUGUUCAUGCAGCCACCAUUAAUUGGUUCCAGUGGCAAAGGAGAUUUCUUUAUGAACGAAGCGCUACUUGAGGCUCCGAGCCACACUUCGAGUUUGUUCGAUUUAGAGCCUAACUUUAGUUUGCCGCCUGUAGAAAACGAAGUGGCUCAAGUGAAAGAAGAAGCCAUGACAAUGCCACCACCGCUGCCGCCACAACUAAAAGUCGAGCAGCCGGACGAACUCAAAUCACGAACGAGCAGCGAUGAAAUCGAAGAGGAAGUCAUGGAACCUGAGCCACAAACCGAGGAAAACGACAGCUAUCAGCCACGUAUUGUUCAAGUUACCAAUUACCAGGCCCAACAACAGCAACAGCAAGCACCGCAAAUCAAGCAGGAGCAAGAGGAGGCUAUUGAGGAGCCGGAUGACAAGGAACUAGAACCACAGGAGACUAACAGCUUAGAGCACUGCAAACCCAGCGGAUUCAUUAGACAGACACGUCGCAAUUGGCCCUGGCUGCAAGAGACUGAAACGGAUCGCGAUGGGCCGUUGGAGUUGUCACAACAACUUACAUUGAUCAGCGUCUAUGAGGAGCAACAACUGCAUCAACAGCUGCAUAAAAUCUUUGCGCUAGAGCAGCACUGUCACAUUGAGAUACCCGCCUAUGUACGUCGCUUCUAUCGCAAGCUUUGUGUGCGCAAAUGGAAGCGGGAACACAAUCGAACCAUCUUCAAUCUGGAUGAACACAUUGAUCCUGUUGCGCGUGCUCGCUUACAACUGGGCAAACAACAGGCACAGAUACUAGAUCGCUAUCAGCUGCUGGAGCAAGGUAAUCCCGACAUCCGAAGCUCCUUCUAUGCUCGCAUUGUGGGCAACUCGGAGUACGAACUCUUCGAGUCGCCGUACACAAAGCGUGUGCUGCAUCCGUUCAUCUAUCGCAGCCAGAAGAUUGCUCCACCCUGGCUGCGACUGAUGUGCGAGCUGCAGCAUCGCGUCAACAAAACCCACCCCAGCAGAGCCACUAUCGACUUCUGCUAUGUGCGGCCGCAGCAUAUUCCAGCAGUCAAUGCGCUUCUCCAGAACGUCUUCUGGCCGGGCAUCGAUGUGAGUGAAUGCCUUAGCUAUCCGGACUACAGCGUGGUGGCGCUCUACAAGAAGCUGGUAAUUGGCUGCGGCUUCCUUGUGCCCGAUGUGGGCUACAACGAAGCCUACAUCUCCUUCAUGGCGGUUCGUCACAAUUGGCAACGCAGCGGCAUUGCUAGCUUGAUGCUCUACCAUCUUAUACAGACAUGCAUGUCCAAGGAUAUAACUCUUCAUGUGUCCGCCAGUAAUUCAGCUGUCAUGCUGUACCAGAAGUUUGGCUUCAAAAUCGAAGAGGUUAUACUGGACUUUUAUGACAAAUAUUUGUCCAACGACUCCAAGCAAAGUCGCAAUGCCUUCUUCUUACGCCUGAUGCGUUGAAUUUAGUAGCACAGCCUAGAUGAGUUUCUAACUAUUAGUGUGUAGUU